GCCCAGUCACACCUGUGGAACCCCCGGCCUGAUUCCGAACGGGGUCAUCCAUGGUACGAGGUACAACAUGGGAGACAAGAUCCGCUACAGCUGUGAGUCGGGCUUCGUACUGGAAGGACACAGCAUCCUCACAUGCAUAGUGUCACCCGGCAGUGGAGCACAGUGGGACUUCCCCUCACCCUUCUGUAGAGCGGAGGGAGCGUGCGGCGGAACACUGAGAGGAACUGCCGGUUCAAUUACCAGCCCUGGAUAUCCUGCGGAGUAUGACAACAACCUGGAUUGUACAUGGUCCAUUCUAGCUGAACCUGGGGACACGAUCGCUCUGGUCUUUAAUGACUUCCUCUUGGAGGACAAAUAUGACUUCCUGGAAAUCAGCGGCACAGAAGCACCGAGCAUCUGGUUGACUGGCACAGCGCUGCCCUCACCAGUGAUAUCAAAUAAGAACUGGCUUCGCAUACAUUUCACCUCAGACAGCAACCACAGGAGGAAAGGAUUCAGUGCUCAAUACCAAGUUAAAAAGGCAAUAGAGCUGAAGUCCAGAGGUGUGAAGAUGAUGCCCAGCAAAGACUCCAGUCACAAAAAUGCCGUUUUGAGUCAGAGUGGACUGGCUGGUGAUGUUUGUCCAGAUCCUGGAGUUCCAGAAAAUGGCAAGAGGAUUGGCUCCAACUUCCAAGUGGGCUCCAGUGUCCAGUUCAGCUGUGAUGACAGUUAUGUUCUGCAAGGAUCCAAAAGCAUCACCUGUCAGAGAGUGACCGACACACUGGCUGCGUGGAGCGACCACAGACCCAUCUGUAGAACUCGUACGUGUGGCAGUAACCUGAGGGGCCCCAGAGGCGUCAUAACUUCUCCUAACUACCCCGUUCAGUAUGAGAACAAUGCACACUGUGUGUGGGUAAUAACUGCCAUGGACUCUGGGAAGGUGAUAAAGCUCUCCUUCGAGGAGUUUGACCUGGAAAGAGGAUAUGACACCCUAACUGUGGGAGAUGGCGGGAAGAUCGGAGACACUCGCAGGGUUCUUUAUGUACUCACUGGAUCCAGUGUCCCUGACCUCAUCGUCAGUUUGUCCAAUCAGAUGUGGCUUCACCUUCAGUCGGACGACACCAUCGGUUCAGCGGGGUUUAAGGCCGUUUACGAAGAGAUAGAACGUGGAGGCUGCGGGGAUCCAGGAGUCCCUGCGUUUGGUCGCCGCAGCGGGGAUCGUUUCCAACAUGGGGAUGUGUUGACCUUCUUCUGCCAGUCUGCGUUUGAACUGGUGGGAGAACGGACCAUAACGUGUCAGCCCAACAACCAGUGGUCGGGGAACAAACCCAGCUGUGUUUUUUCCUGUUUCUUCAACUUCACGGCUCCUUCGGGGACCAUAUUGUCUCCCAACUACCCAGAGGAGUAUGGGAACAACCUGAACUGUGUGUGGUUAAUUAUCUCUGAGCCGGGAAGCCGCAUCCAUCUUCUCUUCUCCGACUUUGACCUGGAGCCACAGUUCGAUUGGUUGGUGGUCAAAGAUGAAGGUCUGUCCGAACCGACCACAUUUGGCACGUUCUCCGGAAAAGAUGUCCCGUCGCAAAUCGCUUCCAACGGACACAUCAUGAGACUGGAGUUCCAGUCGGAUCACUCCAACACGGGGAAGGGCUUCAACAUCAGCUACACAACGUUCGGUCAGAAUGAAUGUCACGACCCCGGAGUUCCUGUCAAUGGUCAAAGGUACGGUGACCAGUUCCAGCUGGGCAGCUCUGUGGCCUUUCGCUGUGAUCAAGGAUUCAUUAGGACACAGGGAUCGGAUCAGGUGACGUGUAUCAUCCAGGAUGGCAAUGUGGUCUGGUCUGCAGCAGUUCCACGCUGUGAAGCUCCGUGUGGCGGCCACCUCACAGCGUCCACCGGCGUGCUGCUCUCUCCUGGUUGGCCGUCCUUCUAUAAAGACUCUCUCUCCUGCCAGUGGGUGAUUGAAGCCAGAGCAGAUCACGCUGUGAAGAUUAAUUUUGACAGGUUUCAGACAGAGGUUAACUACGAUACCCUGGAAAUCAGAGACGGACCCUCAGCCUCGUCUCCACUGAUCGGCGAAUACCACGGCACCCAAGCACCUCAUUUCCUGAUUUCCACAUCCAACUUCCUGUUCUUGUUGUUCACCACAGACAACAGCCGCUCCGCGGCGGGCUUCAGUAUCAGAUAUGAGAGUGUGACCAUGGAGUCAGACUCCUGUCUUGAUCCUGGUAUUCCAGUCAAUGGCCGUCGCCUCGGCGGAAGCUUUUCCAUUGGUUCCCAGGUCUCAUUUGCAUGCGAUGCUGGAUACACGCUGAGUGAUCAGGAGCCAAUCAUCUGUGAGCGGACUCAUCAGUGGAGUCACGCUCUGCCUAGUUGUGAUGCCCUGUGCGGAGGCUACGUCUUUGGAAAAACUGGGACCAUUUUGUCGCCUGGCUUUCCUGAUUUUUACCCCAAUUCUCUGAACUGCACCUGGACUAUAGAGGUGCCUCAUGGUAAAGGUGUCCAUCUGGUUUUCCACACGUUCCACCUGGAGGAGAACCACGACUACUUGUCUAUUACAGAGGACGGAAACUUUCAAGUGCCGGUGGCUCGACUCACUGGCAAUGUUCUGCCCCCUAGUGUCAAAGCAGGACUUUUUGGGAACUUCAGUGCUCAGCUACGAUUUAUCUCGGACUUCUCCAUGAGUUAUGAAGGCUUCAACAUCACCUUCUCAGAGUACGACUUGGAACCGUGUGAGGAUCCAGGUGUGCCAGCCUUUAGCAGGAGGACGGGGUUCAGAUUUCGAGUCGGAGACUCGCUGGCCUUCUCCUGUUUCCAUGGCUACCGACUUGAGGGAGACAGUAAGAUCACAUGUCUGGGAGGAGGUCGACGAGUGUGGAGCAACACAUUGCCCCGCUGUAUAGCCGAGUGCGGAGCCUCCACGGUUGGACCAGAAGGGAUUCUCCUGUCGCCCAACUUUCCCUCCAACUACGACAACAACCACGAGUGCAUUUACAGCAUCACCACUGAAAAGGGCAAAGGGAUCGGGCUGAAACCAGAGAGCUUCCUGCUGCAAGAUGGAGACUACCUGAAGGUGUACGAUGGAGAGAACACUUCAUCCCGUCUCCUUGGCAACUUCACACGCGACGGCAUGAUGGGUCAUGUCAUCAACAGUACGUCCAAUCACUUGAGGUUGGAGUUCAACAGCAACGCUUCUGGAACGAAUCAGGGCUUUCGUCUCUCGUACACAAGUUUCGACCUGGUCCACUGUGAGGAGCCAGGCAUCCCCAGUUAUGGCUACAAGAUCCAGGAUGACGGCCAUUUUGCAAACACCUUUGUCCUCUACUCCUGCAACCCUGGAUACAGCCUCCAUGGCAGCAGCACACUGACCUGUCUCAGUGGGGACAGACGUGUGUGGGACAAGCCACUUCCUUCCUGUAUCGCUGAGUGUGGAGGUCACAUAACUGGAGCCGUGUCCGGACGGAUACUGUCUCCAGGAUACCCCGCUCCUUAUGACAAUAAUCUUCACUGUUCCUGGACGAUAGAGGCCGACACUGGAAAGACCAUCAGCCUUCAUUUCAUCGUCUUUGACACUGAGAUCGACCACGACAUACUCAGAGUUUGGGACGGACCGUCCGGGCCGUCGGAUGGAGGAAUCCUGUUGAAAGAGUGGUCCGGUCCAGCCUUGCCUGAGGACAUUCACUCCACUUUCAACAUCCUCACGCUGCAGUUCGAUUCAGACUAUUUUAUCAGCAAGCAAGGAUUUUCUAUUCAGUUCUCCACUACCACAGCAACCACCUGCAAUGACCCCGGCAUCCCAGUAAAUGGCUCUCGCUACGGGGACAGCAAAGAGCCUGGUGACAGUAUGACGUUCCAGUGUGACCCAGGAUACCAGCUGGAGGGCAAGGACACCAUCACAUGUGUUCAGAUGGACAACAGGUUCUACUGGCAGCCGGACCCUCCGACGUGUAUAGCGACCUGUGGAGGCAACGUCAGUGGCCCGUCUGGGGUAAUUCUGUCUCCAAACUACCCCCAGCCCUACCCCCCAGGGAAGGAAUGUGACUGGAGGGUCAGAGUCAACCCUGACUUUGUCAUUGCACUCAUUUUUAAAAGCUUCAACAUGGAACCAAGUUACGACUUUCUUCACAUCUACGAGGGCGAGGACUCAAACGGCCCAUUACUUGCGAGUCUCCAAGGCAACCAGGCCCCAGAGCGGAUAGAGACCAGUGGUAACAGUCUCUUCCUGGCAUUCAGAUCAGACGCCUCACUGGGCAUGUCUGGAUUCGCCAUUGAAUACAAAGAAAAACCCAGGGAAGCCUGUUUUGACCCCGGCAACGUCAUGAAUGCCAGUCGGACAGGAUACGACUACAAACUGGGAUCUCAGGUGUCCUACAACUGUCAUCAUGGCUACACAAUCAUGGGCAUGGACACCAUCACCUGUGUCAUGGGCCACGAUGGAAAGCCGGUGUGGGACAAGGCUCUACCUUCCUGUAAAGCUCCAUGUGGAGGCCAGUAUGGAGGAUCAGAUGGGGUUGUGUUGUCUCCUAACUACCCUCUCAACUACACCACGAGGCAGAGCUGCUCCUAUUACAUCACUGUGUCCCCACAGUUCGUGGUAUUUGGACAGUUUGCAGUUUUUCACACAUCGAUGAACGAUUCUGUAGAGUUGUUUGAUGGAGCCAAUGAAAACGCACGAUUGCUCAGCUCCCUAGCCGGGUCACAUUCAGGGGAGACACUGCCACUGGCAACUUCCAAUCAGAUCAUGCUGCGGUUCAAUGCCAGGAGUGGUCAGUCAGCCAGAGGCUUUCACUUCGUUUACCAAGCUGUUCCUCGGACCAGCGACAGUCAGUGCAGCUCAGUUCCAGAGCCUCGGUACGGCAGGAGGAUCGGGUCUGAGUUCUCUGCUGGCUCUGUUGUCCGGUUCGAAUGCAGUCCAGGGUAUUUGCUGAGAGGGUCCAGCGCCAUCCGCUGCCAGGCUGUGCCAGGUGCUCUGGCCCAGUGGAACGCAACGACGCCAACCUGUAUCGUUCCCUGCAGCGGAAACUUGACUGAGCGACGUGGUACGAUCCUGUCUCCUGGCUAUCCUGAACCCUACCCCAACAGUCUGAACUGUCUGUGGAGGAUCCACGUCAGUGAAGGAGCUGGGAUUCAGAUCCAGGUGAUGACGUUUGCGACGGAACACAACUGGGACUCCCUGGAGAUCUACGAUGGCGGAGACAUGACAGCUCCCAAAUUAGGGUCAUUUUCUGGAACUACAGCCCCAGCUCUGCUCAACUCCACUUCAAAUCAGCUCCUGCUGCACUUUCAGAGUGACAUCAGUGUGGUGGCGGCAGGCUUUCACCUAGAAUACAAAACUGUUGGUCUCACCACCUGUCCAGAGCCAAUGAUCCCUGCCAAUGGCAUUAAAACAGGAGACAGAUAUAUGGUCAAUGAAGUGGUGGCUUUCACCUGUGAGCCUGGAUACACACUGCAGGGCCACUCGCACAUUUCCUGCAUGCCUGGUACUGUGCGUAGGUGGAACUACCCGCCGCCUCUUUGCAUUGCUCGCUGUGGUGGCGUGUUGUCAGAGAUGAGCGGCGUUGUCCUGAGCCCAGGUUUCCCAGGUAACUACCCCGGUAACCUGGACUGCACCUGGCAAAUCACCCUGCCGACGGGAUUUGGAGCACAUAUCCAGUUCCAGAACUUCUCCUCUGAAGACAACCAUGACUUUCUGGAGGUCAGGGCGGGACCACAGCACAGCUCCUCUCUCAUUGGACAGUUCACUGGCUCACAGAUCCCACCCUCUCUGCUGAGCACCACCCACCUGACCAUCAUCCACUUCUACAGUGACCACUCGGAGAACAGACAGGGAUUCAAACUGACCUAUCAGGCCUAUGAACUUCAACACUGCCAGGAUCCUUUUCCUUUCACUAAUGGCGACAUCAUCAACAAUGACUACAGUGCUGGCCAGUCAAUCACUUUCCACUGCUACCCUGGGUAUGUUUUGAUCGGCCACCCGGUGCUAACGUGUCUACAUGGGACCAACAGGAAGUGGAACCAUCCCUUUCCACGCUGUGAAGCUCCUUGUGGCUAUAAUGUCACCGCUGAAAACGGCACCAUCUAUUCACCACAGUACCCCAGUGAAUACCCCAACUCCCAGGACUGUGUCUGGCUCCUCACCGUUCCCCACGGACAUGGAGUUUAUAUCAACUUCACCCUGCUGCAGACAGAGCCUGUCACUGAUUACAUCGCUGUCUGGGACGGUCCAGACACAUCAAGCCCACAGCUUGGAGUUUUCAGCGGGAACACGGCCUUAGAGACGGCCUACAGUACCAGCCCAAAUGUCCUGAUCCGCUUUCACUCGGACUUUUCCACAGGAGGCUUCUUCAUUCUCAACUUUCACGCCUACCGUCUGAAGAAGUGCUCCCCGCCCCCUACUGUGGAGAAUGCGGAAGUGAUUUAUGAAGACGAAGACUUUCAGAUUGGUGAUAUUGUCAAGUACCGAUGUUUGCCAGGAUUCACGCUGGUCGGGAAAGCUGAGCUAAUGUGCAAACUCAACUCUCAUCUGGCCUUUGAAUCUCCAGCACCAGCUUGUCAAGCCCAAUGUCCAGCCAACGAGGAGAGGUCUUCAUCAUCAGGGGUCAUUCUGAGCCCUGGUUUCCCCAGUAACUACCCCAACAGCCAAACAUGCUCCUGGCUUUUACGGAUGGUUCCGGGUUACACCCUCAAUAUCUAUGUAGAGAUGUUCCACAGUGAGAAACAGUUUGAUGAACUGGAGAUUUUUGAUGGAUCCUCAGGACAAAGCCCUCUGCUCGUUGCUCUGAGUGGUAACCACUCAUCUCAGCUCAACUUCACGUCUAAAACAAACCAGCUGUACCUCAGGUGGUCCACGGACCACGCAACCAACAAGAGAGGGUUUAAGAUACGUUACUCAGCUGCCUACUGUAGCAUUAACGAUCCCCCAGCGAAUGGUGGCGUGGUCAACAGAACUAAGCUCCGCCCAGGCAGCCGACUUCAGUUCUUUUGUAACCGUGGUUAUCGCCUGGUGGGGUCAGCCAAUUCCACCUGCCGGCUGCAUACCAACGGGCUUUACCAGUGGGACGCGCCAAUGCCUUUUUGUCAAGCUGUAUCGUGUGGAAUCCCUCAGUCACCAGGCAACGGCAGCUUCCACGCGUACCAGUACACCGUCGGCAGCCAGGUCACCUAUCAGUGUAACAAUGGAUACCACCUGGACCCCGGUGCCUUAACCACAACUGUGUGUUUUGACGAUGGUACCUGGAGCAAUGUUGCCUCACCACCGAGAUGCCUACCGGUUCACUGCCCCAGCAUUGAGGGCGUCCUGUCCGAUCACAUGACCUACCACCUGUUUCACGGUCGGCCGGGAGAGUUUGGGUCUAUGGUGAUGCUGGAAUGUUCCACCGGUUACUACUUAGGUGUAGGACAUCGGACACUUCGCUGCCUCUCCAAUGGGACCUGGGAGGGUUCAGAUAACGCAGCUACGUGCAAAAUCAUCUCCUGUGGAGAACUUCCCACUCCACCCUUUGGCACCAAACUGGGAACCUUGACCACAUUUGGAGCAACUGCAAUCUUUAUCUGUAACCAUGGCUACACCCUGGUGGGGUCACAUGUCAGAGAGUGUGGCGCUAAUGGGCUGUGGAGCGGAGCAGAAACCAGGUGUCUGGCCGGUCACUGUGACUCUCCGGAUCCCAUAGUCAACGGACACAUCAGCGGAGACGGGUCGAGUUACCGUGACACCGUGGUGUACCAGUGCAUGUUAGGAUAUCGUCUAAUUGGCACAUCAGUUAGAAUCUGUCAGCAAGACCAUCGGUGGUCCGGAACAACACCUGUCUGCGUCCCAAUCACUUGCGGUCACCCUGGAAACCCGGUAAAUGGACGGACUAAUGGCAGCGAGUUCAACCUCAACGACGUCGUCAACUUCACCUGUAACAGAGGUUACAUCCUGAGUGGCAACGCCCGUGCUCAGUGUCGUCUCAACGGACAGUGGAGCAGCCCGCUGCCUGUCUGCAAAGUCGUCAACUGUACUGAUCCUGGCCACGUGGAGAAUGGUGUGCGUCAGUCGGGCCUACGUUACCCAGAAGUCUUCAGCUACGGCGUGAGCGUGGUGAUACACUGUAAGCGAGGCUUCUACCUGCUGGGCUCAGCACUGCUCACAUGUCAGCAUGAUGGACGAUGGGAUCGACCAAUCCCCCGCUGCCAAGCAAUUUCCUGCGGCGACCCUGGGAUUCCACCGAAUGCAGUUGUAACCGGAGCCAGCAGCUGGACCUAUGGCUCAGUGCUGCACUACUCCUGUCUGCCUGGGGGGUUGCUGGUGGGUAACACGACUCGUCAUUGUCAGGAGGACAACACCUGGAGCGGAGCGCCUCCAUACUGCACCGGUGUGAGUCCAGGAGAGUGUGGAGACCCGGGGACCCCGCCCCACGGUACACGUCUGGGGGGAGAAGAAUUCAAAACCAAGAGCUUGUUACGUUUCAGCUGUGAGGCUGGGUACGCUCUGAUUGGCUCAGCUGAGAGGACCUGCCUCAACAACGGCACCUGGAGCGGCAGGCAGCCCGUCUGUCAAGCCGUAUCCUGUGGUAACCCCGGCACUCCGGCUCACGGAAGAAUCGUCUUCAGCGACGGCAUCACCUUCGGUAGUUCUGUGGCCUACGCAUGUUGGGAAGGUUUCAAAACAUCAGGCCUGACCACCAGACACUGCACAACGAAUGGCACAUGGACAGGACAACCACCUGACUGUACAGUAAUUGCCUGUGGAGACCCCGGUCCAGUGGCCAAUGGGAACUAUGUUGGAAAGGAAUUCAUUUUCAAUCACACAGUGACCUACCGCUGCAACCCUGGACACCUGAUGGAACCACCUGGACUCGGACACAGUGUUCUGCGCUGCACCAAAGAUGGAACCUGGAACCAAACAAAACCCAGUUGUAGAGUAAUCCAGUGCGGACCUCCACCCCAAGUGCAUCAUGGGAAAGUGGAAGGGACGGACUACUCAUGGGGUUCAAGCGUGAGCUACAGUUGCUUCCAUGGGUACCAGUUGUCCACUCCUGCUGUAUUAGGCUGCGAGGGGAACGGCACAUGGACAGGAGAGGUCCCUCAGUGUCUGCCUGUUCUGUGUGGUGAUCCUGGUUCACCUGGAGGAGGAUUCAGGGAAGGGAACGCCUUUUCAUACAGAUCUGAGGUCAGAUUCUACUGCCACGUCCCCUAUCUGCUCGUGGGCUCCGCCUCCAGAGUGUGUCAGGCUGAUGGGAUUUGGAGCGGACACCAACCAGCCUGUAUAGACCCAGCCUUCAACAGCUGCCGUGACCCUGGGACUCCAGCCUACGGUAUCCCAGUGAUGGCCCAAGGUUUUCAAGUCGGCAGCAAAGUUUCCUUCAAGUGCCGUAAGAACUACCACAUCCUGGGUUCCACAACAAGAACGUGUCUAGAAAAUCUGACCUGGAGUGGAACUCAACCGGAGUGCAUAGCCCAUUCUUGCAGACAACCAGAGACCCCCACUAACGUAGAUGUUCGCUCUAUGGAGCUGCCCACCCUGGGGUACACGCUGAUGUACACCUGCCAAGACGGUUUCUAUUUAGCCGGGGGCUCGGAGCACAGAACCUGUAGGAGUGAUGGGAGAUGGUCAGGGAAACCCCCCCUCUGUAAAGUUGGAGUCAAAGUCAAUCCCAAAGGCAAAGGAGACUCAGACGUCCAGAAGAACAUGAUCCGAGUUCCUGCAGACGUCUUCUCACCAAACUCUGACUGGAGCGGCUUCUACGAGUAUCUGGGGAAGAGACAGGCCACCACUCUGACAGUUACUCUUUUCAAUGCUACCAGCGGCAGGGUUAACAUCACAUUACUGGAGACCAGCGGCGUGUCAAUCAGACUGUCAGGUACAUAUAAGUCAGAGGAGAACCAGUUGCUGUUGAAAGUCUACCAGGUGAAAGGACCGACGGAGCAUUACUACAGCAAGUUCAAAAAUGACAACUGGGCCAUGGACGGAUAUGUUACAGCAGAGUCAGACCAGAAGACGUUUGUGUACCAGGGUCACAUUCACAGUAAAGACUUUGGAAAGUUCCAUCUGAUCAGACAAGGACCCGUAACCAUGACUCUGGAUCCAUCCAGCCCGUACACCAACAGCAGCUCUGUGGCGGCAGCCAUCUUGGUUCCCUUCUUUGCCCUGAUCCUGUCAGGAUUUGCUUUUUACCUCUACAAGCACAGGACGUUGUCUGCUGACACAGAUGACAAUGAGAGACCUAAAGACACCUGGGGGCCUGGCGGCAGGACACGUCCAAAGGUCCAGUUUAACGGCUACGUGGGCCAUGAGAGCUCCAAUGGCCAGGCGUCCUUUGAGAACCCCAUGUAUGACACCAACAUGAAGCCCACUGAGGCGAAGGCAGUUCGGUUUGACACCACACUAAACACAGUCUGCACCGUGGUAUAGUCCAGUGAGCCCACCACUGCACAGUGGUGUCGUCCAACCUCCGGACUGCAGUCUGCAGUGUGGCUCAACCGAACAAAAAAAGAACACAACAAACAUGGUUUGGACAUGUCACCGUCCGCAAUCUGUGUCGUAGCUUGCUGGUCCUCUCCGCAGGUCAGCGCCACCUGUCACAGUCACAUGGCAUCACCCACCUCUCCUGACAGCAAGUAAAGGCAGAAAGAAUGACACCAUCAGGUCAGGUGACGUCUGUUGUUCAGGAGAUCAAUACUGGGACCAGAGAACUUCUUAGGCACUGUCGAAGUUCAAACAUCAACAAACGGGGAAUAAUUAGUUCUACUGCCUUCAUGGGCAACAACCGAAUUCAACAGUCCUUCGCCAACUCCAAAAUUUCAAACCCCUCGCUCAAAUACUAAGGUUUUCUAAUGCCUCCUAAAUGUUUGCGUCGCAAUUUGAUUUUCCCCAAACCUGUCCUAAAUGCCCACAUCUCUAAUUUGCACAGUGGUGUGGCGGCCUACUGAAGCCUGUAGGCCCUGACCACUGUGAGGUUCUACCCUCAGGGGAAGCACAUUCACUGUUCCACCUCCAGUCAGACGUUAAACAGUAAUUGGCCAAUCUCUGCACGUCACAGAAAAUGACUGUUGCUGGACCAAAACAUUUGACUAGGCGUCCAUCCCACUGAACAUGACAAGACGAGACCCCAACUCUUCAAAGACCGCGCAAAGUCAAUACAACAAAGGGUUUCAACCAAGACCGUGGUCCUCAGAUCCAGCACUGAAUACUUAGCAUUGUAACAAUUAGCAGGUGAAUUGGAAAAGUUUCAGCCUACUGAGUGAGGUUACAGUAAAUAUAGCAGGA